GGGCAAUGAUGUCACGUCGCGUCCCUGUGUAGCGAUCAACAUAUUCCAUUUCAGUUCUGUGAGUUCAAGACCUCACCAUGGCGGACCUGGAGAUUGUUUUUGUGUUUCUAUCUGCCAUUCUAGGUAACACAUUUUAACUUUUAAAAUUGUUUUAAAAUGGGUCAAAUGUUUGAGCCAGUCGACUUUUCCCUUGAUUACAUUGUUAUGUGUAAUGUUACUAAUAAUAUAGUCACUGUUUCAUUACUGCGUGCAAUACUCACCUGCAGUUUUUGUAAAGUGUAUAGGUUUCUGGGCAUUUCAUAGCAACUGGUUUUAGGACAUUAAAAAAUCAUCGUCAAAUAUUAUCUGAAAUUAUUGAUGGUAAGUGAUUAAUAUAUGACUUCACAUCAUGUUGAUCUAAGAUCUAUGCGGGGCUCAGUAUAUAUAUAUCAUCCAACCCGAUGAUCCGCUAGUGGUUUUCACUGAAAUUUCCUACGUUACCCUUGGACUGCCUGCUGAUGUAUACCAUGUACCUGCUGAUGUAUACCAUGUAUUUGCUGAUGUAUACCAUGUACCUGCUGAUGCAUAACAUGUACAUGCUGAUGUAUACCGUGUCCCUACUGAUGUAUACUAUAUACCUGCUGAGUAAUACUACGCAUCUACUCACCACACGUUAAUGGUUUAUCAUUCUAUACCAGUUGCACAUUUAUAUUUGUUCCGUGGGACUGUAAGUCCAAUGUAAGGCACCGAGUAAGUCCAAUGUAGGGCACCGAGUAAGUUCACUGUAGGGCACCGAGUAAGUCCACUUUAGGGCACCGAGUAGGUUCUCUGUAGGGCACCGAGUAAGUCCACUGUAGGGCACCGAGUAGGUUCGCUGUAGGGCACCGAGUAGGUUCACUGUAGGGCACUGAGUAAGUCCAUCGUAGGGCACCGAGUAAGUCCAUCGUAGGGCACCGAGUAGGUUCACUGUAGGGCACCGAGUCCCCAGGUCAUGGACAAAUAGUCACAGUAACGUGAAGAAAAUAGGUGAGAGCGAUUGUGUUUGAAAAGAAAGGUUGAAAAUGUGAAUUCUUUCAACAAUUGAACAAGGGACAUUUAGGUUGAUUACAUUACAACGUUGUCUUACACGCCAACACAAACUGACGCUUCUCUACAACCACAUCAUCUGAUACAACUCAUCAUACGUCUGACUGAUUUUUGUCAAGUCAACAUUCAAAAUCAACAACUGUGUAUCCCAAGUUUUUUAUAAUUUAAAUACUUUUUUGUGUACACUGUAUGAAUGGCUAUUCGCAGUGGCGUAGCUAUAAGGUUAUUGCCGCCUAGGGUGCAAGCUUUUACCUUCCCAUUUCUACAACCCUGGCUAUAUGUUUCUAUACUGUAACAUAUACACUAUCUCGGGCUAUAGCUUUCAAUACUGUUACGUAUAUACACUAUCUGGUGCUAUAGGUUUCUAUACUGUUACGUAUCUAUACGAUAAGGGUCUAUAUAUUUCUAUACCUUUACAUACAUACACCAUCGGGGGCUAUAUGCUUAUGUUCAGCACAUAUAAAUGUUCAUAUCAUCGCUGGUAUCUCAUGCUCAAUGUUGACCGCAUGACAACCCGUGCCGUGACAGCUUGGCGGCACAGAUGGGGUCUUCAAAUGACGCCAGUUCAUAUCACAACAGAUGGGGUGUUUACGCGAUACCAGCUUACAUCACAGCUGGGUACAGCUUCUUCAUCCACUUCUUCCUCGUGUAACCUGGGGCUGACCAGUUAUGAGUAAAUAGCCCAACACGGCGGUCGGCUACCUGCGGCUUAGGAUCCGCAUGCGGCUCGUUCCAUCAGUCUACAUAUAUUGUUCUAUAGAACUAGGGAAUUAGGCUCGUUCCAUCAGUCUACAUAUAUUGUUCUAUAGAACUAGGGAAUUAGGCUCGUUCCAUCAGUCUACAUAUAUUGUUCUAUAGAACUAGGGAAUUAGGCUCGUUCCAUCAGUCAUGUAUAUAACAAGAUAUCUUGAUCCCUUAAUCCGAGCAAGGUAGUGUCUACAUAUAUUGUUCUAUAGAACUAGGGAAUUAGGCUCGUUCCAUCAGUCUGCAUAUAUUGUUCUAUGGAACUAGGGAAUUAGGCUCGUUCCAUCAGUCUGCAUAUAUUGUUCUAUAGAACUAGGGAAUUAGGCUCGUUCCAUCAGUCUGCAUAUAUUGUUCUAUAGAACUAGGGAAUUAGGCUCGUUCCAUCAGUCUGCAUAUAUUGUUCUAUAGAACUAGGGAAUUAGGCUCGUUCCAUCAGUCUGCAUAUAUUGUUCUAUAUAUUGUUCUAUAGAAUUAGGGAAUUAAUAAUUCAGUUAUAUGCAUCUUUUUAAUUGGGUUUUUAAAAUUAAAAUGAUCAGAAACAAAGUAUUACUCCAGGUGCACAUUCGCUAUUACUCCAGGUGCACACUCGCUAUUCCUCCAGGUGCACACUCGCUAUUACUCCAGGUGCACAUUCGCUAUUAAUCCAGGUGCACACUCGCUAUUCCUCCAGGUGCACACUCGCUAUUACUCCAGGUGCACAUUCGCUAUUACUCCAGGUGCACAUUCGCUAUUCCUCCAGGUGCACACUCGCUAUUACUCCAGGUGCACAUUCGCUAUUACUCCAGGUGCGCAUUCGCUAUUCCUCCAGGUGCACACUCGCUAUUACUUCAGGUGCACAUUCGCUCUCCCAACACGCCACGCCUGAGGCUCCCUUAUUAUUUUCCCAUCAGAUAUCAUGAAUAAAAUGGCUCCUCGCGCAACAACGCCGCAGACAGCUGGGUCACAUCCGUAGAAGUUGGCUUUGUGCGACAACGGAGGGGGGAAAGGGGGGCAGCUCCCCUAGGCGACAACACCCAUGGGGCGCCAAUCCAUGAUAAAAGUUUAUGCCGAGACAGAAGUUUGGGGGGUGGGCAUGUUCAGGCUCCGCCACGGGCGCAGCUUUUAUUCCUUCCGCCAGCUCUGAGUUCAAGGAAAAGGUGACUGAACACAACCAUUUUUAUUUUCAUAAGUUUCAGCGAAUUUUAAAAUAAAGCAUUACAAAUGUGAUUAGGCCUGCUUUAAAUAAUUAUUUCAGGUAGAUAUUCACAUCGGAAAUGGGAAAUAAAAAUUACGUUUCAUUCUUCCCCUUUUUAUUGUUGUUUGUUUGUUCACUUUUUAAAACUCCCAGACCUUAAAGGGCCUUUAUAUAUUCUGUGAUGUGAGUGACCCCCCAUAAAACUUCUCUUGAGCCAAGCACUGUGUUAUUUCUUUAUCUUAGCCAGUCGCGGCAUGAACUUCCGCAGUAGUUGGUCCGCGACCGAUUAUAAGAGACAUAAUGGCUCCAGGUAUUGUGAAAUAGUUCAAUAGAAUCAAAGGUAGCUGGAGUUUAAUCUCUUAAACCAAAGUGCAGUUUUUUUUGGUGAGAAGUAAGGGCGUGGACCAGAUUUUUAAACGCGAUCGAACAAAUAAGGAAUAAAGUAGCUGAAAUAAAAACAUUCAUCAAGGGGAGAUACGUUCCGCCCAUUAGUACUGGGGCAAGUGUGAGGCUGGCACAAGUGUGAGGCUGGCACAAGUGUGAGGCUGUGACAAGUGUGAGGCUGGCACAAGUGUGAGGCUGGCACAAGUGUGAGGCUGGCACAAGUGUGAGGCUGGGACAAGUGUGAGGCUGUGACAAGUGUGAGGCUGUGACAAGUGUGAGGCUGGCACACGUGUGAGGCUGGGACAUGUGUGAGGCUGUGACAAGUGUGAGGCUGUGACAAGUGUGAGGCUGUGACAAGUGUGAGGCUGUGACAAGUGUGAGGCUGUGACAAGUGUGAGGCUGUGACAAGUGUGAGGCUGUGACAAGUGUGAGGCUGUGACAAGUGUGAGGCUGUGACAAGUGUGAGGCUGUGACAAGUGUGAGGCUGUGACAAGUGUGAGGCUGUGACAAGUGUGAGGCUGUGACAAGUGUGAGGCUGUGACAAGUGUGAGGCUGUGACAAGUGUGAGGCUGUGACAAGUGUGAGGCUGUGACAAGUGUGAGGCUGUGACAAGUGUGAGGCUGUGACAAGUGUGAGGCUGUGACAAGUGUGAGGCUGUGACAAGUGUGAGGCUGUGACAAGUGUGAGGCUGUGACAAGUGUGAGGCUGUGACAAGUGUGAGGCUGUGACAAGUGUGAGGCUGUGACAAGUGUGAGGCUGUGACAAGUGUGAGGCUGUGACAAGUGUGAGGCUGUGACAAGUGUGAGGCUGUGACAAGUGUGAGGCUGUGACAAGUGUGAGGCUGUGACAAGUGUGAGGCUGUGACAAGUGUGAGGCUGUGACAAGUGUGAGGCUGUGACAAGUGUGAGGCUGUGACAAGUGUGAGGCUGUGACAAGUGUGAGGCUGUGACAAGUGUGAGGCUGUGACAAGUGUGAGGCUGUGACAAGUGUGAGGCUGUGACAAGUGUGAGGCUGUGACAAGUGUGAGGCUGUGACAAGUGUGAGGCUGUGACAAGUGUGAGGCUGUGACAAGUGUGAGGCUGUGACAAGUGUGAGGCUGUGACAAGUGUGAGGCUAUGACAAGUGUGACGCUGUGACAAGUGUGAGGCUGGCACAUGUGUGAGGCUGGUACAUGUGUGAGGCUGUGACAAGUGUGAGGCUGUGACACGUGCGAGGAUGGCACAAGUGUGAGGCAGUGACAAGUGUGAGGCUGUGACAAGUGUGAGGCUGGCACAAGUGUGAGGCUGGGACAAGUGUGAGGCAGGCACAAGUAUGAGGCAGUGACAAAUGUGAGGCUGGCACACGUGUGAGGCUGCACAAGUGUGAGGCUGUGACAAGUGUGAUUCUGGUACAUGUGUGAGGCUGUGACAAGUGUGAGGCUGUGGCAAGUGUGAGGCUGGCACAUGUGUGAGGCAGUGACAAGUGUGAGGCUGGGACAAGUGUGAGGCUGGCAAAAGUGUGAGGCUGUGACAAAUGUCAGGCUGUGACCAGUGUGAGGCUGUGACAAGUGUGAGGCUGUAACAUUUGUGUAGCUGUGACAAGUGUUAGGUUGUGAUAAGUGUGAGGCUGGGACAAGUGUGGGGCUGUGGUAAGUGUGAGGCUGUCACAAAUGUGAGGCUGGCACAUGUGUGAGGCUAUGACAAGUGUGUGGCUGUGACAAGUGUGAGGCUGUGACAAAUGUGAGGCUGUGACAAAUGUCAGGCUGUGAAAAGUGUGAGGCUGGCACAUGUGUGAGGCUGUGACAAGUGUGAGGCUGGCACAUGUGUGAGGCUGGGACAAGUGUGAGGCGGGCACAUGUGUGAGGCUGUGACAAGUGUGAUCCUGGAACAUGUGUGAGGCUGUGACAAGUGUGAGGCUGGUAUAUGUAUGAGGCUGGCACAAGUGUGAGGCUGGCACAAGUACGAGGCUUGUACAAGUGUAAGGCUGGCACAAGUGCGAGGCUGGCACAAGUGUGAGGCUUGCACAUGUGUGAGGCUGUGACAAGUGCAAGGCUGGCACAAGUUUGAGGCUGUGACAAGUGUGAGGCUUGCACAUGUGUGAGGCUGUGAACAGUGUGAAGCUGCCCCAUGUUUUAGGCUGUGACAAGUUUGAGGCUGUGACAAGUGUGAUAUUGGCACAAUUGUGAGGCUGGCACAAGUGUGAGGCUGGCACAAGUGUGAGGCUGGCACAAGUGUGAGGCUGGCACAAGUGUGAGGCUGUGACAAGUGUGAGGCUGGCACAAGUGUGAGGCAGUGACACGUGUGAGUCUGGCACAAGUGUGAGGCUGGCACAAGUUUGAGGCUGUGACAAGUGUGACGCUGUGACAAGUGUGAGGCUGGCACAUGUUUGAGUCUGGUACAUGUGUGAGGUUGUGACAAGUGUGAGGCUGUGACACGUGCGAGGAUGGCACAAGUGUGAGGCAGUGACAAGUGUGAGGCUGUGACAAGUGUGAGGGUGGCACAAGUGUGCGGCUGUGACAAGUGUGAGGCUAGCACAAGUAUGAGGCAGUGACAAGUGUGAGGCUGGCACACGUGCGAGGCUGCACAAGUGUGAGGCUGUGACAAGUUUGAUUCUGGUACAUGUGUGAGGCUGUGACAAGUGUGAGGCUGUGGCAAGUGUGAGGCUGGCACAUGUGUGAGGCAGUGACAAGUGUGAGGCUGGGACAAGUGUGAGGCUGGGACAAUUGUGAGGCUGGCAAAAGUGUGAGGCUGUGACAAAUGUGAGGCUGUGAACAGUGUGAGGCUGUGACAAGUGUGAGGCUGUAACAUGUGUGAGGCUGUGACAAGUGUGAGGCUGUGACAAGUGUGAGGCUGUGACAAGUGUGAGGCUGGGACAAGUGUGAGGCUGGCACAAGUGUGAGGCUGGGACAAGUGUGAGGCUGGCACAUGUGUGAGGCUGGGACAAGUGUGAGGCUGGCACAUGUGUGAGGCUGUGACAAGUGUGAGGCUGGCACAUGUGUGAGGCUGUGACAAGUGUGAGGCUGGCAUAUGUGUGAGGCUGGGACAAGUGUGAGGCUGGGACAAGUGCGAGGCUGGCACAAGUGUGAGGCUGGCACAAGUGUGAGGCUGGCACAAGUGUGAGGCUGGUACAUGUGUGAGGCUGUGACAAGUGUGAGACUGGCACAUGUGUGAGGCUGUGAACAGUGUGAAGCUGCCACGUGUGUGAGGCUGUGACAAGUUUGAGACUGUGACAAGUGUGAGGCUGGCACAAGUGUGAUGCUGUGACAAGUGUGAGGCUGUGACAAGUGUGAGGCUGUGACAAGUGUGAGGCUGUGACAAGUGUGAGGCUGGCACAUGUGUGAGGCUGUGACAAUUGUGAGGCAAACGUGACGUCAUUAGAACCAUGAGGAAAUGUCACUAAAUUGUUGAAAAAUAGUGAGAAAUAUAUAUAUAUAUAUUAUUUGCGGAAUAUUCUUAAAAUAACUGAAAUUAAAACACUAAGUUUCUUCAGAAAUGUAUGCUCAGUACGCCUCAUAGCAAUUCAAUUAAGUGUUGACCACAUAAUAUGCCAGUCAUGAACUCAACAGCUUCCAUCAAAGUUGUCAACGUCUCAUUUAAAGGUUUGGGAACUUCCAAAAUGUGUAGCAUGCACUCCGCUCUUAGCAAGGGGCGCCUUCCCUGUUAGGGGAGUGGAGGAAGGCCGUAUUCCAAAAGGAGCUGCUGUAUAGAGAGUUGGCAGAAAGGGACACGACUUACUGAACGGCAGCGAUUUAAGGACGUUCGCAAAAGGAACACGAGGGAAGCCGACAUGGACAGCAACGCAUGGGAGAGCAUCGCUGAGCACCGUUCGUGGUGGCGCAACAGCAGUGUGUGAAGGAGUCAAACAGGCAGGAGAAGGUGCGCGAAACAAAAAGAGCGUUACAGAUGUCUAGAUUUAACCGCGAGUCAAGGUUCUCCUGCCAGAAAUGCAGCCGCGGCUCUCGUUAGCCAUUUGAUGACGUCUCCAUAGCUACUCCAUCUUCUCGCGAAGACGAAAUGAUGCACUCUCUCCCCCUUCUCUCUCUCUCUCGCGCGCUCUCUCUCUCUAAAUAUAUAUAUAUAUAUAUAUAUAUAUAUAUAUAUAUAUAUAUAUAUAUAUAUAUAUAUAUAUAUAUAUACACACACACACAAGUGUGAGGCUGUGACAAGUGUGAGGCUGGCACAAUUGUGAGGCUGGUACAAGUGUGAGGCUGUGAAAAGUGUGAGGCUGUGAAAAGUGUGAGGCUGUGACAAGUGUGAGGCUGGCACAGUGUGAGGCUGUGACAAUUGUGAGGCUGUGAAAAGUGUGAGGCUGUGACAAGUGUGAGGCUGUGACAAGUGUGAGGCUGUGACAAGUGUGAGGCUGUGACAAGUGUGAGGCUGUGACCAGUGUGAGGCUGUGACAAGUGUGAGGGUGGCACAUGUAUGAGGCUGUGACAAGUGUGAGGCUGUGACAAGUGUGAGGCUGGGACAAGUGUUGGGCUGUGACAAGUUUGAGGCUGUGACAAGUGUGUGGCUGGCACAUGUGUGAGGCUGUGACAAGUGUGAGGCUGUUACAAGUGUGAGGCUGUGACAAGUGUGAGGCUGGGACAAGUGUGAGGCUGUGACAAGUGUGAGGCUGGCACAUGUGUGAGGCUGGGGCAAGUGUGAGGCUGGCACAUGUGUGAGGCUGUGACAAGUGUGAGGCUGGCACAUGUGUGAGGCUGUGACAAGUGUGAGGCUGGCAUAUGUGUGAGUGUGAGGCUGUGACAAGUGUGAGGCUGUGACAAGUGUGAGGCUGUGACAAGUGUGAGGCUGGGACAAGUGUGAGGCUGGGACAAGUGUGAGGCUGGGACAAGUGUGAGGCUGGCACAUGUGUGAGGCUGUGACAAGUGUGAGGCUGGCACAUGUGUGAGGCUGUGACAAGUGUGAGGCUGGCACAAGUACGAGGCUUGCACAAGUGUAAGGCUGGCACAAGUGCGAGGCUGGCACAAGUGUGAGGCUUGCACAUGUGUGAGGCAGUGACAAGUUCAAGGCUGGCACAAGUUUGAGGCUGUGACAAGUGUGAGGCUGGCACAUGUGUGAUGCUGUGAACAGUGUGAAGCUGCCCCAUGUUUUAGGCUGUGACAAGUUUGAGGCUGUGACAAGUGUGAUGCUGGCACAAUUGUGAGGCUGGUACAAGUGUGAGGCUGUGAAAAGUGUGAGGCUGUGAAAAGUGUGAGGCUGUGACAAGUGUGAGGCUGGCACAGGGUGAGGCUGUGACAAUUGUGAGGCUGUGAAAAGGGUGAGGCUGUGACAAGUGUGAGGCUGUGACAAGUGUGAGAUAGAUAUAUAUAUCACUAUUAGAGUUAUGGUUAGAGUGAGACAUACUGAUAUAUACUGACACAUAUACACACAUAUAUAUAUAUAUAUAUAUAUAUAUAUAUAUAUAUAUAUAUAUAUAUAUAUAUAUAUGUAUGUAUACACACACACACAUACAGGGGCGUACAUUUAUCCUCCUGCCUCAGUUGAAAAUACUUCUAGCCUGGCUCAGCUGCUCACAUUGCUUCACUGCUUGCCUUUUCCAUCUUUUUUUUUGUAACACUAUAUCAAUGUUACAUCCAGAAUGACAAUACAAAAAAAAGUUGUUACAUCCACAACGACAGACAGCCGAAACACAAGUAUUAUGAAAUGUUGUAUGCAGAGCUGAUAAUGAUGUAUCCCGACUGACAAUGUUGUUUGCAGACUUACAAUGCUAUUGCUAUGCAUAAUGUAUCAUGUUUUUUUGUUGUUGUUUUUCUUUUUGACAAAGGGAGUGCACUCUGUGAAUAUUGCACGAAAAGGAAAUUUUACUUUUACAGUAGCUUUGACUAUCAGUAUCAGACCAUCUACUGUCCCUUUGGCUGCUGUGGACCAUUCAGUGAUGAGUACUGCUGUAUUGGCAAGUGAGUCCCGGGUCUAUGUUUAAGGGGUCGUUCGUAAAUUAUGUCACGCCAAAAAGGACCUUUUUUAGACCCCCCCCCACUGUCACGAAAUGUCACACAUUCUCCCCCCCCCAACCGUGUUACGUCACACUUAAAUAAAAAGCAAAACAUACAUACAACUGUCAUACCGGUAACUAAACUAAGAUUUUAUUUUAUUCUUUAACAUUUUCCCAUAAUGGAUUAGGAUGUCGUAUUAUUAGAACAACUGUGACGUAAAACAACGAAGUCGUCCCCGAGCCGAAUGUAAUAUGGUAAUAUGGCCACGACAGUUUUUGCGUCAUUUGUCGAUAUGCGCAAAAGGUGUGCGCGACUGAGUUUCAUAGUACCUGUAAUAGCUGAGGCAAUUUCGACCUCAAAUUAAUGCUUUUUAAAAUUAAUUAAAUAAAGAUUUUUCAAAAUUAGAAAAUUUUAGAUUAAUUUUUUUUAAAAUGACGUCACAACUUUUUGACACCCCCCUCCUCCCUCUGUCACGAAUUAUCGACACCCCGCUCCCUGAGCAUGAUUUAAUUUGCGAACGACCCCUAAACAGCCUCAUAUACAUUAUUACCCUCUUUUCACAUGUAGUUGUGUUAAUGGUGCUUCACCUUAAGCUCUGUAAAUUAAUUGUCUAGCCUAAAGCCCAAAGGCUACUAUUAAGAACACUCCAUGUGUAGUUGGCUAAACCACGGGCCACAAGAAGCCUUAAAGCGAGCAUACAUAGAUAGAGGGUAUUCAUCGACAUCCUACAACAGUCACGGUGAGAUGUCAUCAAUUUUAUUGCCUUAUGUAUCGACCACUUCCAACAUACAUGAUGGACUACACUGAGUUCCUCAAUAUUUUGUGUUUCCAUUCAAGUGCUGGCUAUAUUGUUGGCAUAGUGGUGGCCGCCAUUGCCGGCAUCGCCAUGCUGGUCGCCGUGAUCUGCUGCUGCAUCAAGAAAUCCGGGGCCAAAGGACGAGUUGUGCAUCCCACGAUUGUAGGUGGCGUGCCAGCUGUCACAACCCAAUACACACAAUCUACAGGAUUCGUGGGACCCUCAGGUGAGUCAGAACCACGUGUGUGGGGGAGAGGGACGGGGGUGUGAGGUAAGUAGUGGGGGGAGGGGGGUGCAAAGGAAGAUAGUGGGUUAGAUCAGGUCAAACUAAAAGUUUCUAUAGUCACAUUCAAAACAUCAUUAGAUGGUAUAUCAUUUAUGUAAAGAUACAUUUUUUGUUAAGCAUCCCAUAUAUUUGUGGUAAAGUUAUUUUCCCAAACAUUGUAAUUGUGUAAGUUGAUUGAAUGUGCACUGUAUGAAUGUAUCCGAAAAAAUGGGAUAAUGCUACUAAAUGCUACUAAAUGCUAAUAAAUGCUACUAAAUGCUACUAAAUGAUUCUAAAUGCUACUAAAUGCUACUAAAUGCUACUAAAUGCUACUAAAUGCAACUAAAUGCUACUAAAUGCUACUAAAUGCUACUAAAUGCUACUAAAUGAUAAUAAAUGAUAUUAAAUGAUACUAAAUGAUACUAAAUGAUAAUAAAUGAUAAUAAAUGCUACUAAAUGCUACUAAAUGCUACUAAAUGCUACUAAAUGCGACUAAAUGCUACUAAAUGAUGCUAAAUGAUACUAAAUGAUACUAAAUGACAUGGGUAAAACCCUAUUUUAACACGUCAACUAUUUACUUUAAUUAAGGUGGUGGUAGGAGGAGGAAAAAAAUGUCAUUAAUUGAGCUUGAGUUAGAGGAGGUAGGAUCAUGCUACAACAAAAAUUGACAACUCUAAGCCUGCAUGAUCAAAUAGUUUGUAAACUCUGUGAAUAAAGUAGACAAAGAAUAGAUCAAUUGUAUUGUAACCAAAGUAGACAAUGAACUGAUACAUUGUAUUGUAACCAAAGUAGACAAUGAACAGAUACAUUGUGUUGUAACCAAAGUAGACAAUGAACAGAUACAUUGUAUUGUAACCAAACUAGACAAUGAACAGAUACAUUGUAUUGUAACCAAAGUAGACAAUCAACAGAUACAUUGUAUUGUAACCAAAGUAGACAAUGAACACACCCAUUGUAUUGUCACCCACCCAACUUGUCAUUCGAUUGCCACCUGCCAAACAACCAGCGGCGGCCUCGCUAACGGGAGAAACCCCGCGGUGUCACUGACGGUUGCCAACGACUGCGUUGGGUUGUCUUGUUUAAGUCAUAAUUUAUUUACAAAUUGAUUGUGUGUAUAUGUGGGGGUGUGUGUGUGGGGGGGGGGCUCAUCUGUACCCAUACAGAGGAUGAGAUCCGAAAAUGUAUGGAAAGAACGAAAGAAAUGGCGGGCCGGGGGGGGGGGGGGUGAAAAUAUCUCUUUUUGCAUUUCUAUUGUAUGGAUUGCCACUGACAAUGUUACAAAACGAGAUUGCUGUGAUAUAAAUAAAUCAAAUAUGUGGGGGUGUGUGUGUGGGGGGGGGGCUCAUCUGUACCCAUACAGAGGAUGAGAUCCGAAAAUGUAUGGAAAGAACGAAAGAAAUGGCGGGCCGGGGGGGGGGUGGUGAAAAUAUCUCUUUUUGCAUUUCUAUUGUAUGGAUUGCCACUGACAAUGUUACAACACGAGAUUGCUGUGAUAUAAAUAAAUCAUUUAUAGAAACAUAAUCUUUUCAUGUUUUUUUUUUAAAUAAGUGAAAAAAUAAAAAUUGAAAUCGCUAUUUGUAUUGUAAUUUUCGUUAUUAAAAAAACUCAUCCAAAUGCAGGUGAGUUUAUAAUGAAAUAAGUUGCUAUCUCAUCUUCUCCCACAGCUCCGCCCUCGUACUCAUCGGUGGCGUACACGAGUUAUGGGGGAAUGUACCCCCAGCCCGCCAUGCCCCCACCCUACCCUUACCCUCCUGGGCCUGGGGUGGCGCCCUUGAACCCAGCCUAUGACCAGACAGGUCAACACCAAGCCUUCGCCAAGCAGACUGGAGCCUUCGAGACACCAACCUACAGCUCCCCGGCGUCGAAUGGGUUCAACUGACCCCAACUGACCAUGAGGCGCCAGGUGGUCAAGGUUAUUUGAGAGCAGCGGUUCUUAAGCGGGUGUUCAGUGAACUGUCGUCCUGCUAUGCAACAAUUUACUGGCACGAACGAUAACUGCGAAAAUGUGUUUUAGGCUAUUAAGGGGAGGUAAUUCAAGUAAAUAAUAAUAAUAAUAUCCCUGAAUGCUUUCGGGGGAGGGGAGCGGUAUUUUAUAGUAGACAUGAAUAUAGUAACUAUAAAUAAUGUAUUUUUGCGCUCCUUGAAAUUGUUUUGUAUUACCCUAACAUCUUUCUCAAGGUAUAUUAAUUUUUUUUUUCAAACGCAAUUUCGGCAAAUAAUAAAAGUAGCAGCAUUUUCUCCCUCGGAACCAAGCAGUUAAGUUUUUUAACAACCCUGUGAUCCUAGCCAUUCAAUAAUGAGAUCGUUUCAACAUGAUAGUAUUUUGAUCAUCAGAGUUGGUGAUGGACAUCAUGGAUAAGAUGUUACGCAGCGGAACUGAACACUGAUAUUUAGUGUCAUAUAAAAAAAACAAAUUCGUGGUCAAAAUAAUGUGACAAAUUUAAUUCACGCCCUUAAAAAUAGAUUUAAAGAAGAAGAAAAAAAAUGGUAUCAUCAAAACUGUUUGAGACACGCUGGGUCUAAAUAUGUUGAAAACUGUAAAGUGUAACUCAUCCAUACAUUCAUCACUAAAAACGAUAAGUGGACUUCUAAUCAAAAAGCAAAUCUACAUUUAAUGAAACAAUUUCAAUGCCAUGUUCACGAACGACAAUCGCGGGGGGAGGGGGGGGGGGGCCAAAAAACGUGGUUUCAGUCUUUGAGCAAUAUUUCAUUUGUGGUAAUUUAUUAUUGUUAUUUUUUUAAAAACUAAUUUUUCAACUUACUUUUGAAAAUGAAUAUUGUAUUAGAAACUUUACAAAUGACUGCUGAUAUGUUUUUGAAUGAUGUUAAAGAAAAAACGAUUUUUUUUCAAGAAAUUCCCUGUGAAAUGUAUUCAUUUGUUUGUUGAAUGAGUAAAAAUAUUUUUUUUCAUAUCUUUUCUAUAGACGUGAUGCUAGUGGAACAUUUUAAAAUGCUGCACAUAAUCUACUAAAU